AUGCCUUUGCUUCAGUUGAUCCUAUGGCUUCCAAUUCGUCUGACAUACCUUCACCUAAGGUACGUCUUCUUCCUUACCGGCGGUGGCUACUACAGAUAUCUAGAAGGAGGCCUAGAUGUUCACUAUAAACAAUACUUUCCAAUUUCAAGAAGACUACAUGGUUUGAUGCUCGAUUUUGUUGAUGUUUUGUAUUUUGUUUCAAGUGAAAGAGGUAAAGAACUAUGUUGGUGCAACAAAAAGGAGAUUUAUUUGUAUUUUUUAAAAUCUAGUUGGUCCCACCAGCUUGACAGAAGCAUGUAUCCAGAUCUUGGAGAUUUUGGUUUGUCUGAAUACAAACAAGAUCUUAAGCAAGUCACACCGGAAGGAAUAUUUUUACAAGGGGAAGAUGGAAGCCAAUGCAUGUUCUUUUUUUUUUUUCUUUUGAAAAUGACAAAAAAAGGAAUGUCGACGGGACGGUUCAAUUGCGGACAAGAGCAUGAUCAGAAAAUUGAAUAUGGUGAAACACUUUUUUGGGGUGGGGGUUGAUUCACUGUUGAAUACAAGAAACAAAAAAAACUAUUUAAC